AUGGCUAGUCUCAAUGUUCUUACCUUUGAUGCUGAGGGUCGAGCUGUUGACUUUGAGGUCUGGCUAGAUGAUCUGCAGCUUUUCCUACAGUGCGAUAGCAAGGAUGGCCUCUCACUGUUCGAUCUCACGUCAGGCGCCUCUACUGCCCCUGCUGCUGAUGCUGACAGUACUGUUCGCUCGCAGUGGCUCACGCGCGAUGCUGCUGCUCGUCUUGCUGUGCGUAAUCACCUGCCGUCUACUGAGCGCACGCACUUUAGUCAGUACAAGAGUGCUAGGGCUCUGUACGACGCUGUAGUUGCACGCUACUCCUCCCCUACCACUGCUGCCCUCAGCCGCCUCAUGCUGCCGUACCUUUUUCCUGACCUUGCCGCCUUUGCCACAGUUGCUGACCUAGUUGCUCACCUCCGCACUAGUGACGCUCGCUACCGCGCUGCCCUUCCCACUGAGUUUCUUCCCACGAACUCCCCCCCCAUGUACAUCACCCUUUACUACCUAGUCACCCGCCUCCCUGACUCUCUCUCCUCAGUCAGGGAUCACUUCCUCUCCCUUUGCCCCACCGAGCUGACUGUCGACUUGCUAGAGGAGCGCCUUGCUGCAGCUGAGAAGAGUAUCUUAGCUGUCGGUGCUUCUCGCGGCGACCGUCGCACCCCCUUCUUUGAGGGGUGUUCCCCUGUCCCCCUUCUCCCCUCUGUUGCCUCUGCUGCUGCUGUCGACCUCGUUGGCACUGAGGAGGUCGGCGCUGCGUCUACUGCCCCUAGUGGGCGACGCCGCACUGGCAAGGGCAAGGGAAGCAGGGGUGGUGGAGGGGGCGGUGGAGGCAGCGGUGGAGGAUGUGGAGGAGGUGGAGGUGGUGGUGGGGGUGGUUCCGGGAGUGGGGGCGUCGGUGGCGGCAGUGGAGGCUGUGGCGGCGGUGGCGGAGGAGGUGGCGGCGGCGGCACCGGUGGUGGAGGUAGCGGAGGAGGUGGUGCUGGUCGCGGAGCGGCCACGCAGCGUGGAGGCCUUGGUGGCAGCCAGCGUCAGCAGCAGCUGCGCACCCGUGAGACCCCGUCUGUUCAGCAGCUUCGUGAGUGGUACGCUGGGCGUGGGAGGUCUGGGGGUGCAGGUCCCUGCACGUACGUUCUUCGCACCGGCACUCGUAGUGGGGAGGUGUGUGGUCUCCCACACACCACGCAGCGCUGCUUCGGCCGCUUGACUGACGCCUGGCGUACCCAGUUUCCUGACGCUGUUGAGCUUCCUCGUUGGCAUGAUCUGCUUCUGCAGAAUGUGCCUAUCUUUGAUCUAGACUUUGAUGCUAUCCUUGCUGCCAUGUAUGCUCUUGCUGAUAUUACUGAGGGUGACUGUUACCUGCGUGUCCCGCCCGACCCGGGCACUGUGGCUGCUGCUCUAGGUGCUAGUGCGUCUGCUGCUCCAGGUGCUUGUGCGGCUGCUGCUCUAGGUGCUAGUGCGUCUGCUGCUCCAGGUGCUGGUACGUCUCCUCUCUCUGGUACUACACCUACUGCGUCCUUUCACACUUUCACACUUGACUCUGGUGCUCCGCGCUCUUUCUUUAGAGACAGCACCACGCUCACGCCGCUCAGUCGGCCUGUUGCGGUCUCCCUUGCUGACCCCUCAGGGGGCCCAGUACUUGCACACUCCUCCACUGUCCCACCGUGUCCUGCAGCCCCGUCGGGCUUGCUGUCGGGACUCCACCUCCCCUCGUUCUCUACGAACCUGGUAAGUGGAGCUGACCUCCAGGACGCGUGGGUUGACCAGUUCACCCCUGGAGGUCAGCGUGUGACCCACUGCACUUGCUCUCGGACGGGCUGCCACCUGGCCACGUUCACCCGUCGGCCAGGGUCGAGUCUGUACACACUGACUACUGCGCCUCCUCCGGUCUCUGCGUCUGGUCAGGUAGCUGCGUCCAGUCAGGUGUUUGCUGCCGCGUCCAGGUCUAGUCCUGCGUCUGCCCCCUGCUCGUGUCGUCCUCUGGCACACGAGACUCUCCUUUGGCACCACCGCCUUGGUCACCCCUCCCUGCCUCGUCUUCGAGGUAUGGCCUCCCGUGCCCUUGUCUCGGGUCUACCCAGGUCCCUUCCUCCCCUUCCUCCGGGGCUUGCCCCCACCUGUGUUCCGUGUGUCGAGGGCCGACAGCGUGCCGCCCCUCACUCCUCCUCGUUUCCUCCGACUAAGGCUCCUCUGCAGACUCUUCACAUGGACGUGUGGGGCCCAGCCCGCGUCCGUGGACAGGGUCACGAACACUACUUCCUCCUGGUCGUUGACGACUACUCGCGUUACACCACAGUCUUCCCCUUGCGCAGCAAGGGUGAGGUUCCUGAGGUGUUGAUCGACUGGAUCCGCGGUGCUCGUCGCCAGCUCAGUGAGAGUUUCGGCUCCGACCUUCCUGUUCUGCGUCUGCACUCCGACCUAGGUACUCCCCUGGUAGACCCCCUCCUCCCCCAGGGUCCUGCCCCCUCAGGUGUGUCCCAGGUAGACCCUGCCGAGCCGGUCGAGGUAGCUGUCGACUCAGGUGCUGCUAGGGGUGCUGAGUCUGGGGGUGCUGAGACUGGGGGUGCUGAGUCUGGGGGUGCUGAGACUGGGGGUGCUGAGUCUGGGGGUGCUGAGACUGGGCGUGCUGAGCCUGGGGGUGUGGAGCCUGAGGGUACUGUGUCUGGAGGUACUGAGCCUGCGCGUGCUGCGUCUGGAGGUGCUCUAGGUGUCCCGUUGCGGCGGGAGCCCCUCUCUCCACAGCGUCUUCGUGAGUGGUACUCUCGGCGCUGUCGGGUUGCUGCUGGUGCUGCUGGUGCUGGGGCUGCUGGAGGUACUGGAGGCGCUACUGGAGCUACUGGAGGUGCUGGCGCUGCUGGAGGUGGUGCUGGUGCUGGAGCUGCUGGAGGUGCUGCUGGUGCUGGAGCUGCUGGAGGUGCUGCUGGUGCUGGAGCUGCUGGAGGUGCUGCAGGUGCUGGUGCUGCUGGAGGUGCUGCUGGAGCUGCUGGAGGUGCUGCUGGGACUGGAGGCCCUGGGGCUGAGGGUACCGGUUCUGUCUCUGCUGUCUCUGGAGGCGCUGCGCGGCCGCGGCCGUACUACGUUCCGCUUCUUCAGCAGGUUCUUGGCUCCCCGCCUUCUCCUGGUCCUCCUCCUCCUUUCCUGAGUCCACCGCCUGUCCAGUCCCAGUCGCAGUUGCAGCCGGCCUCUCCGCUGCCUGGUCCUUCUCCUUACUCUGGUCCGACUCGAGGUCUUACGGAGCGUCGUGAGCCUGAGUCUCGUCCUGUGUCGCCUGAGUCUCGUUCUGCGUCGCCUGUCCGUCCUGUUCGCGCUGGUCGUGUUUCGCGUCCGCGUCUUCCUCCUGUCCCAGGCACUCACUCUAUGACACUGCGUCCUUCUACUGCUCCACAGCGUGUCUCUCUGCCCUCUCCUCCUGCGUCCUCUCUUCCUGACGGUCCGGACCCGGAUUCUGACUCCCUUCGUGCUGCUAGUCUUACUGUCACGCGCUUUCUGGCCACUGCUGUCACUGACCCUCUGUUUGAGUCCUCUGCUGCGUCUGCUCUUGUUGCUGAGCUUGUUGACUUUGCUGCAGCCUAUCGCCUAGACUACGCCUCUAGUCUUGUUGCUGAGUUUGCGUCUGCGUCUGUCUGUCCUCCGUCCGUCGGGGGUGAGUAUGCUCUUGGCACGGACGUCCUUGAGGACAGACAGGAGGACCUUGAGUGUUUUGCUGCUGCUUCACCUCAUCUCGUGUCCAUGCUGCUUGCCCCUGAGGGAGACCCGGAUGCACUAGACAUCCAGACCCCGCGCUCUUACGCAGAGGCGAUAGAGGGUCCCUACUCCUCUCAGUGGCAGGCAGCCAUGGACGCAGAGAUGGCUUCCUGGAAGUCCACAGGCACCUACGUAGACGAGGUUCCCCCACCUGGGGCGAACAUCGUCAGUGGCAUGUGGAUCUUCAGGUCAGCGACAGGGAGUUGA